AUGACCGAGAAGACCGCGUCGGGGUCGGGCGCGGCCUCCGACAAGAGCGCAGCGGCUGCCAAGUCCAAGGCCAGUACAGGAGAUGCAGGGAAGGAUGCGCGGGCAAAGGGCUCGCCUGCAGCAUCUGCGGUCAAUUCCGAAACACCCGGCACAGGCAGUCAUUCCAGUCCUAAGAAGCGCCGCAAGGUGAAUCACGCCUGUGUCUAUUGUCGCCGCUCGCGCAAUAUCGGCCAUUUGUGCCAUGACGAGCCCCGCGAACCCACAAAACGCAGAGACCAGGAACAUUCGGCCGCGGACGAGGAGGGCUCGUCCAAUAAUGAGCUGGUCACCGUCCAAGGCAUGCGUUCUAGUGUCGACAUCCCAGAUGCUGCCGGUCAGCCAAUCCUCCCCGACGCUACGAUCGGAAUCCCGCCUUCCUCGGUACAGCCUGCGAGUAUUGCCUCCUCUGGCCAGGGCAUAGAUGCCAAUCCUCAGCAACUAAUGCCCUACAACGACUGGCUAGGUGGACAGAACCAGUUCCAAGACAUGCAUUCGCUCCAUCCUUCAUACAUGUUCAAUGCGCCUGAGGUCACCAACGAGUACAACUUGCUCGGCGAUUUCCUCAGUAACAGUUUGUUGGAUGACGGUGCACUAUUUCAAGAACAGAACAUGCAGGGCAUCUACUCCGAUCAGACUUUGAUGAAUUCCAUAAACACAUUAGGUGUUGCAGGUAGUCUCCCCCCGCCGGCGCAACUCCCGCCAGCGACACAAAGCCAGGGGCCUCAGGCAGAUUCAAUUCAGCGACCGAUGUCGACAGUGGGCAAUGACAAAGCUCGCGAGACAUACUACAUGACUGCCGCUGAUCCGUCAGGAUCUGAUCCGCCAGAGGAGCGCAUGAACAAGCUUCUCAAGGCCAAAUACGAUGCAGGGCUCUUGAAGCCCUUCAACUACGUCAAAGGUUACGCCAGGCUCAACCAGUACAUGGAGAAGAACAUGCAACAAGCAUCUCGGCAGAAGAUCCUCCGACAGCUGGACAAGUUCCGGCCUAAAUUCCGAGAACGCAUGCAGAGCCUGACUGACAUUGAACUCAUCCUUGUGGAAAUGUGGUUUGAACGGAGUUUGAUGGAGUACGAUCGUGUGUUUGCCAGUAUGGCUAUCCCCGCUUGCUGCUGGCGACGUACGGGCGAGAUUUUCCGCGGCAAUAACGAGAUGGCACAGCUGAUUGACGUCCCGAUUGAGAGUUUGCGUGAUGGUAAACUCGCGAUUCAUGAGAUAAUUGUCGAGGAUCAGCUGGUCAGUUAUUGGGAGAAGUUCGGCGCCAUCGCUUUCGACAACACCCAGAAAGCUAUGCUCACCAGCUGCACGCUGAAGAGCCCCAGCAACCCGGCGGGUGACGGCAUUCAAUGCUGUUUCUCCUUUACUAUCCGACGUGACAAUCACAAUAUCCCUUCUCUCAUCGUUGGAAAUUUCCUCCCGACGCAGCGGAUACAUAAGUAG